GUUGCAUCAGUAUCUGAGGUGCUGUUCGGAACAACAAUUGCAAAGAUAAAUUCGCAUUUAAUUAAGUGGUUGCAGUUGCUGCAUGUGCAUUUCUCUGCUCCUCCAAUAAUUAUCUGCGAAAGAUGCCCGGAGUUGUGUUCCUGAUAGUGGUGCCGACAUCAAAUUUUGAGACUGAGCUGGCAAAGGGUCAGCAAAGGCAGCAGGAGCUGGGGCAACAAUGGGAUAACAAUGAACUUUCGCCAUUUAGACAACGAAUCGGGGGUGUCAAUGGGGUGCACGGUCAUGGCGGUGGCGGUGGUGGAGGCAACAACUUGAACAUCAAUCUUCCUGAUAACAAUGGUGUCCUUCGUCUUGAGGUCGAGCUACGUGACAAGAAUGCCGGAAAGCAAAAACGUGGAGCAGGACGUGGCUAUGGACGUGGGGGAGUAGGUCAAGCUGGUCGUGGUGGAGGACGUGUCAAAGCCACUCGGACUCCGAAUAACGAACAAAAGAGCAGUAGUGCGGACGUGUUGAUUCCAAUGGAAAAGAUACUAGAAGAACUCCUAUCCAAACUCGAAAUCGAGCACGUAACCUGGACAACAGAUCGAAAAGGAUAUUAUCACCACGUCAUUUUCCCGAUUCCAUCCGGUGAGCCAUGUGAAACCACCCUCCAUUGCUUGACGGAGUUGGGUAUAGGUAUCAGAUGGAACUCCAGUGUCAGUGUUUUGCCGUGCUCAGUGAGCUAUGAUGCACUAACAGCUAAUGAAAUGCUGGAGGAUGAUGAAAACGACCCGGAGGUUCGUUCAAAAUGGAACCAGUUCGUGGAAUCUAUUAAAUCGAAACUAACUGUUAAGCAAGUGGUGGAUGGUGUACGGGCUGGAGGAUCAAUUUCCUUCGAUUAUAUUCUCCUUAUAGUAACCGCCGACUCCUUAGCGGCUUUGGGACUUAUCGAAAACAAUGCUCCAAACAUCGUUGCAGCCAUGCUUGUCUCACCUCUCAUGGGUCCGGUCAUGUCUAUUACUUUCGGUACGAUAAUUUCCGACUACAAACUCAUAAAAGUUGGCUUCAUGACUUUGGCAUUAGGAAUGUUCAUUUCGCUUCUUUUUGGUUUCAUUUUUGGCCUAAUUGUUGGAACAACGGAUAUGCCUUGGGGAUGGACCGAUUGGCCGACCGAGGAAAUGAAGGGGAGAGGCAACGUGCGAUCCCUUUGGAUGGGAGUAUGUUGGGCGUUGACAUCAGGGACAGGAGUGGCUGUUGCAUUACUACUGGGCGCAACUGGCCCAUUAAUUGGCGUUGCAAUCUCGGCAUCUCUUCUACCACCUGUUGUUAACUGUGGUCUAUUCUGGGGACUUGCAUGCAUAUGGCUUAUUUAUCCUGGCAUAAAAAUGCCACAUCUGCAGGGAGAGCCGUAUACCGGGAAUUCAUCGUAUAAAUUCCUCUACACCAAUUACGUACCAACUGAGUUCUUCAUAAAUGGAAUCGUUUCAGGAGUUCUAACAGUCGUGAAUGUGAUUUGUAUUUUUAUUACAGCCAUUAUAGUCCUUAAAAUCAAGGAGGUUGCCGCGCCGUACACAUCGAGUCCAGAUCUAAGAAGGUUUUGGGAGACCGACAUCCGGACCGCAAGGGAGACCAAUCGGUCCACGAUUCGUGGCAAGCGGGCAUCAACACUUGCAUACUCGGCACUUAAUGAACCGAAAACGGCUGAGAUGAAAGCCGCCCUAGAGCAGGCUUUCAAGGAGGCAUCCCACGACGAAACAUUCCGGAAAGUUAAAAGAAUGAGCUAUUCCAGCAACGCUGUCGGCGAGAUUACACGCCGUCUUCCUUUCUCCGAAACCUCGGCAGACCAGCACACUUCACAUAGUGGGCAUGCCACUCCUCAAACAUCCAUUUACAACGCAGAUCCUAAACUGCUGGACAAGCUGGUAUCCACGCUACUUCUUGAGCGCAAUAACCCGGAAAAGAUCAUCAGGACACCAUCGGGUCGUCUUAGCCGGCGUCGAACUUUGUCAAGGUCUUUCUCAAAUGUAUUGGGGCGUUCCAGUAAAACCCUUCCACAAAAUCUGGUGACACCAAACGAUCUGCACAACAGCGGAAUUCAACUUACUUCGUUCAUGCCGACAAUUAUGGAGCAAAAUCAACCCCCAGCGAAACCAUCCCGGGUCGAUAGAGGCUCACGGAAUUCAUCUUUUAAAAGUGUCCUGAAUUCGAUUGGAAUGUCGGCUCAGAGACUAAGCCAAAAUUUAUCCAGCAACGAUGAGGAGAAAGCCAACUUGGCGGAGAAUAUUUUGCAGUGAACAGUGAAUAUGGAGUCCUUAGUAAAUACUAUUAGUAUCCAAUUUAAAGUGAAUAAAAUUACCGAGUUGCAUUCA